AUGGAGGUACUUGACCAAGCUCCCGAGCCCAUUUAUGAUAUGGCCCGUCAAUGUGAAAGGCUAUUUGACUCGCUAAUAACUCCUCUCAGCGCCCAAGAGACACCUUUGUCGAGCCUCUUGACGGAUUAUCAGCAGCGUUUUGCACUAUGGAGCAAUCACCUCGGCGUCUUUGCCCGCAAAAGCCAAUGCCUUGACUGGAGGCUCCGGACUCUCCCCGAUUUUCAAGACAUAGUGAUACGACUAUUGGCCAUCCUGACUGCAGGCCUGACGCAGCUUGUUGGAAAUAGCCAUCUCGAUGAUACCGGGCAGACUGAAUUUGAACACAUCAAACAUCAGCAGAAUGCCCCGUGGUUAGAUAAGGACGCAUUGAGAGUCAUUGAGGAGGUACUUGGCCGGCUAAGUCGGCUCGGAGUCGUAAUUAGGCAAUCUUCGAAUGGGGGAAGUGCCUCUCGAGUGGAGAGAUUUGCCAAAGGUGUCGAUCUCAUACCUUUCAAAGACUUAUGCUGGUACUCAGUUCAAGUCCUCUACCCCGAUGCCCACCCAGAACUGAAGGACCGACUUGGUGAGACAAUGACUCGCACAUAUGCCAGGUUGCUGUACAUGAAGUCUCGCGAGUCGGCACUAAAGACUCGUCGCACGGAGACAAUCUCCUCUCUACCCGCUAUCAGUGAAGAAAUUAAGGAGCUAUCAGAGAAUCAAGCGCCCAACGUAAUUGAAAUUGAUGGCAUCCAGGGCUUCGGGAAGGCCAAACAAAGGUCUUACCCUUCUUCACAGUCUGAAUUAACUUCAGUCAAUGCUGAGCAACUUCGCGUGAUGUUGAGUGAAUCAAAAAGGGAAGCCUCGAAGAUAAACAAAACUUCGUCGAUUCAUUACCGUCUAGAGAACUAUCCCGAACCACCAGAUAAGAACAAUAUCUGUGAAUGGUGCUCCAAACCAUUGAGCAAGGAAGAUCGGGAGCCCAUCAAUUGGAGGUAUGCAUCAAAUUACCAAAUAGGCAUCCCUGAAAAUUUGUGA